AUGCGAUUUCUCAACUUCGCACUCGCUGCUGCUCUCAGCGCUAUCGGCAAUACCGCACCAACAACUUUUCAAUUCCAACCACGUCAAGCAACUACCGCUAGUGAACGACUCGGUCUAACAUGGUUGGGCGGUAACAGCAGUCUCCCCAAAGUACUCGUCCUCUUCACGGGCGGCACCAUAGCCGGAGGCUCCAUCUACGGCGCCCUAGACGACACGCAAUACGGGCAACUCAGCCAAACAGCCGAAGACAUCAUCGCGUCCAACCCGUACCUCCUCAACAACACACGACUCGCCGUCUCAAACUGGACUUCAGAAGAUGGCUCAACCGGCACGAACGACGCCCUAGUCAUGAACAUGACGCGCUUCGCCCACAACGCCCUCUGCUCCCCCGAUAGCGACAUCGUCGGCGCAGUAUACACACACGGCACGAAUUCGCUCGAAGAAACCGCUUUUCUGAUGGACUCGCUUGUUAACUGCGGGAAACCCAUUGUGGGGACGGGGAGCAUGCGGCCUUUCACCCAUCUGUCUUGGGAUGGAGAAGCGAACUUCUUCGACGCGGUCAUGCUGGCUGCGAGCCCCGAGUCUCGGGAUAGAGGACUCAUGGUAGCGUUCAACGCACGUAUUAUACCUGGUUACUGGGUUACGAAGUUGCAUUCGACUAAUCCGGAUGCAUUUGGUCCUACGUCGGGGGGCGAUUUGGGUAUGUUCAUCAACAGCCUACCGAUCUUUUUCAAUACGCCAAGUCAGCCGUUGUAUAAGUACUACUUCGAUAUUGGGACUGUUUCGGCGUAUCAUACAUACCCGACAUUACCGAAGGUGGACAUCCUCUACGCGGCCCGCGAGUUUGAUGGGAAGUUGGUACUCGACGCGCAUGCCAACGGCGCAGACGGUGUUGUCAUUGCCGGGACCGGUAACGGAGGUGUACCGAAUGGCCAAGAAGAGAUUGCCGAAGCGCUGGAAAAUGGACUUCAAAUCGUUGUUGGAACGCGUAGUCCGCAUGGGCCGUCUAGUCCUGCGCGGACUCCCACAUUCGCGAAGUCAGGCUUCGUGCAUCCUAUUCAAGCAAGGAUCAUGUUGCAGCUGGCGAUUGCGAGCGGGAUGAAUAUGAACCAGACGAUUGAUGUGUUUGAAGGGGGGUUUAGGAAGGCUAUUGGACAGCCUUGGAGUCCAGGGAGUUGA